GCUGUUGCGUUUUGUUCCCACUACCGUCCGCCACAGCCUACGCACCUUGCCGGCUCGCGGGGGUUUUGCCGUGCGCCUUCUCCCUCCUCCUCGCUCGCGGCGACGACCGGGGGACCGCAGCCACCGUACGCCAGGUGCGCAGGUCUUCUUUGGGCCCGUCGCCGGCGACGAGCACCCACCAGGGGCGUCCGAGUCUGGAAUCCUAUCUGAUCGGAAAAUGGUUAAGGUCGAAGAUCAGGCCGAGGACGGCGGCGCAGAUGCUGAUGCCAGGGGUCUCAGGGAGUCUGCUCUGGAUCCGCUGCCUGUCUCGGUGCAUGCCAGCUUGAAGGAGGAGGAAGGUCAACCAAGUUCUUCAUCUGGUAAACUAAGAUCACAGUUUAUUGGAAUGGGGUUUUCAUCCAAGCUGGUAGACAAGGUUCUCCAGAGACAUGGUGAUGAUGAUUCUAACACAAUUUUGGAAUCUCUUCUGUCCUAUUCUGACCUUCAGCAGUCUGGAUCAGAGUCAUCAGAUUCUUUCGGAAGUUUUUUUGAUAAUGAUAAUGAAGAGAACAAUUCUCCUUCAGAGUCUAGGAAAGGAAUCUACCAAGACAUCAAGCCAGAGCUUGAUUCUUUCUCAGAGAAGUGGUCAUUUUUACUCAGAACAAUGAACUUUUCACAACAAGAAGUUGAUUUAGCCUUCAAGCAACUAGGUGAUGAAGCGCCAUUAGAACAGCUCGUUGACUUCAUUGUCAGUGCUCAAUCAGGAGUACCCUCUGGAGGACUGCAAACUGGUGACGCUACAAAUGAGGGAAAGACUGAAUUACUUUAUGGUGUGAUGGAGAAAACACUUAGCUUGCUUCAGAUGGGCUUUACCGAGGAAGAGGUAUCAUCAGCUAUUGACAAUUUUGACCAGAGAGCAACUGUUCAGGAGCUGGCUGACUCAAUUUUGGCAAGGCGAAUAGCCAAUAGCAUUGAGCAGAAAGAGAUAAAAGUUGAAUCUGACUUCCUAGACGAGGCAGAAACUGAUUAUUCUUCAUACCAGCCCUCAUACUCUGAUGUAAGCUAUUAUGACGAUGACAACAACAAUACACGGGUUAAAAGGGCUAAGCAUAUAUUUAUAGAUGACAUAGGGGCCUCCAGUAGUCACCUUGGCGAUCCAUGGUCUAUGGGGCAGCGUGCAGGGACAAAUGAUAUGUCUGUUAAGGUAGAACUGGAGGCAAUGACACCAGGUCGCCGUGCAAAUGUACAAGGUGACCUUGCUAAACCCCCAUUUUUCCUAUAUGGAAAUGUGGUUGAGGUUCCAAAAGACACAUGGCAUCAACUCAAACAAUUCUUAUAUAAUGUGGAGCCUGAGUUUGUGAACAGUCAGUCCUUCUCCGCUCUAACUCGAAGGGAAGGUUACAUUCACAACCUUCCAGUGGAGAAAAGAAGUGUCGUGGUUCCAAAGUCUCCAAUGACUAUUGAAGAAGCACUUCCAUUCACUCGACAGUGGUGGCCAUCAUGGGAUACAAGAAAACAUAUCAGUGUUAUUACUACAGAGGCUGCAGGGAUUGAGCAGACAUGUGAAAGAUUGGGGGGCAUGGUUAGAGAGUCAAGAGGAGUGCUUUCACAAGCAAGACAAAUGCAGAUUAUACACCAGUGCAGGGUUUCAAACCUUAUUUGGGUCGGUCGGGACAGGUUAGGCCCUUUGGAGCCUCGUCAAGUGGAAAAGAUACUAGGUUACCCUUAUAACCACACAAAUUUGUUUGAAUUAAACCAACCUGAUCGACUUGCUGCCAUGAAAUAUGCAUUCCAGACUGAUACAUUGUCAUAUCUUUUAUCAGUCCUGAAAGGUAAGUAUCAAGAUGGAAUAAGAGUGUUAUCCAUCUACAGUGGCAUUGGAGGUGCAGAAGUAGCACUUCAUCGUCUAGGCAUCCCUUUGAAAUGUGUGAUAUCUGUUGAGGAAUCUGAGGUGAAUAGAAAAAUUCUAAGAAGGUGGUGGUUGAAAACUGAACAAACUGGAGUACUAAGGCAACAUGCAGGAAUUUGGAAGCUCAAAACACAUGUGAUUGAAGACUUGGUGAAAGAGUUUGGUGGUUUUGAUCUGAUUAUCGGUGGGAAUUAUACUUCUUGCAAAGGUGGUACUACAGUAAAUACGACAAUGGGCAUGGAUUCGAACCGCUUCUAUGAGUAUAACCGUGUUGUCAAAAGGGUAAGGACUGCAGUUGGACUCAGUUGA